AUUAGAUUUAUGCCUAAUCACGGUAAAGAGUAAAAACUUUUACCCAUAUACAGUAACUAAAUCAAUUACAGUUCCAAACUUCCAAUGGUAUGGCCAUUAUUAAUAGUUCCUCUGCCUACCUUCUUCCUCCCUCCACUCCUCGUUUCCUGGAACUCUCCAUCCCACCGUCUUCGUCAACUCCGCCGAAACCUGAACCACUUCCAUCGGCGGGUCAACCCACCUCCGACAUGGAAAGACCUAGAUUCGUCAUAGAAGCCGCCGAGGCCCAACAAAUUGCCAAGCGGUCAGGCCUCACACUCCGGCAGCUCCUCCCCACCCUCGUCGAGUCGGCCCAGUCCCUGGCUCGUCCUCCAAUCUCCAAGUACCACGUUGGGGCAGUCGGUCUGGGCUCCUCUGGGCGAAUCUUCAUCGGCGUCAAUCUGGAAUUUCCGGGUCUUCCACUUCAUCACACCGUUCACGCCGAGCAGUUUCUCGUCACCAAUCUCUCCAUCAAUGCGGAGCCCCGGUUACAAUACUUCGCCGUCUCUGCCGCUCCCUGUGGUCAUUGCCGCCAGUUCCUCCAGGAAAUCCGCGGCGCUCCCGAUAUCAAUAUCCUUAUUACUUCUUCCCAAAACGAAAACGACAAUGCAAACCCACAAGGAGACACGGGGAUUGAGGAAGAAUUCGAAUUCAAUCCGUUGUCGUAUUAUCUUCCGGAGAGGUUCGGUCCCGACGACCUUUUGGGGAAAGACGUGCCUCUGCUCCUGGAGGCACACGACAACGCCCUGUCUUUCUCCGAAUUUUCUAACGGAGAAAUCACCGGAGAUGACUUAAAAUACGCUGCUCUCGACGCCGCAAACAUGUCCCAUGCGCCGUACAGUGGAUGUCCAUCUGGGGUGGCGUUGAUGGAUGUUGAAGGCAUGGUAUACAAAGGCUCUUACACGGAGUCUGCGGCGUAUAACCCCAGUCUAGGGCCGGUUCAGGCGGCCCUUGUGGCGUACGUAGCCAACAGUGACGGUGGUGGGUACGAGAGGAUUGUUGGUGCGGUGUUGGCGGAGAAGGCAGAUGCCACGGUGAAGCAAGAACACACGGCAAGGCUGCUUUUGCAGUGUAUUUCUCCAAAGUGUGAGUUGAAGGUGCUGGAGACAGACUGCAAACCUUCAUAGUUUCGUAGCUCAAGUGCAAGAUUGACUCGUGAAAAUAAAGGGCUGUGUAAGAUUGAAAUUGAAAAUUGAAAUACCAAAAGUUUCUACCGCAAAAGGUAUCUGCAGAUGAUGUUGUUGCUCGGUUUUCGUCACUGAGUUCCUGGCUUCCUUCUACAAAGCACCAGGUAGCUUAAGAAUGAUAACAAGAAUGGGGUAUUUGUGUGUGCUGUAUGUUACCUUAGCUAAAUAUUUUAUGCAUCCCUAUUAUUGAGUUGUUU